UUCAAAUAUAACUCAUCUUGAAAUUUCAUACUACCAUUCACUUUGGGAUGAAAAAAUCAUAGAUAUUUUGAAAUUAUGUCCAAAUAUAACUCAUUUAGAUUUCGAAAAUAGCAUAGGAUUUAGUAAUAGGGUAUUAGAACUGAUAGCGGGAUUAUAUCCAAAUCUGAAGUAUCUCAAUUUAUGUGAUGAUCAAUCGGGUGAUUAUAUGAGCUUUCGUGCUCGAGAAGUAGAUGAUCUAGGUCUAUGGAAAAUUGCACGGUCAUGCCAUAAAUUAGAAUAUCUAAAUAUUUCUCACCGCACUGAGUUUACCGAAAUAUCAAUUUGUAAUAUUAUUCAUUAUUGUCCAGACCUCCAGCAUCUCAACCUUACCUUUUGUGAAAUUACCGAUAUAACUAUCGAAGAAAUUGCUAGAUCAUGUCUUAAUUUAAAAUACCUUGAUCUGAAGGGAUGUUAUAAUGUUAGCAGAGAAGCUGUAGCCCGGCUUAAUUCAGAUAUUCAUAUCAAAAAUUUCAAUGAUCUAAAAAACCCUAGUCUUAUUACCGCAUUCAGCGAUUAUCUUAGACAGGCUGGUACUGCCCAUCAGAAUUUAGCACGGUCCCUUUUAGCUAAUGCUUCAAAUUCGAACGGAGCUGAAAUGGGACAACAAGCCAGAAUUUUUCAUCAGAAUUUGGCCCAGGCUUUACAUCAGAUUCAGACAUCCUCCGAACAUAUUAUCCCAAUAAAUGCCAGUUUAGAGCGGUGA